CGCUGCCGCCCUGACGUCACGGAGUCCCCGGGAGGCUCCGCCCCUCCCGCUAGGGCAAGAGCGGUGCGCGGCCGCUAGGGACUCGGCGGCCAUGGCGGGACCCGGCGCCCCCUGCGAUCCCUCUGCGCCCGCCGCCGUCUGGAAGCGCCACAUCGUGCGGCAGCUGCGGCAUCGGGACCGCACGCAAAAGGCGCUCUUCCUGGAGCUAGUGCCGGCCUAUAACCAUCUCCUAGAGAAGGCUGAACUGCUAGCCAAGUUCUCAGAAAAGUCGAAGUCAGAGCCAAAGGAUGUCAUCUCCACCCCACGUCAGGACUCGAGGGAGGAGGUCUCAAGGACAGGCCCUGACCAAGUCUCAUCACAAGCCUCUCUGAGGGUGAAGUGGCAGCAGGAGAAGAAGGGGCUGCAGCUGGUCUGUGGUGAGAUGGCUUACCAGGUGGUGAAGAAGAGCGCAGCCCUAGACACCCUGCAGUCACAGCUGGAGGAGCGGCAGGGCAGGCUGGAAGCCCUGCAGGCCUGCGUGGUGCAGCUACAGGAGGCGCGGGCUCAGCAAUCCCGGCAGCUGGAGGAAAGGCAAGCCGAGAACGUGGCGCUGAGAGAAGCCUACGCGACGCUGCUCGAGCAAGCUGCGCACCAGGAGGCGGCACUGCGCAGGCUCCAGGAAGAGGCACGCGACUUGCUGGAGCAGCUUGUGCAGCGCAAGGCGAGCGCUGCCGCUGAGCGCAAUCUACUUAAUGAGCGUAGAGAGAGGGCCAACCAGGCUCGGGUGUCUCAGGAGCUGAAGAAAGCUGCUAAGCGGACUGUGAGCAUCAGCGAGAUCCCAAACACUCUAGAAGAUAGGACCAAAGAGGAGACUGUGGCUCUAGCUCCUGCCACUAUGCCUGAGUUCUUGGAGAGUGAGACUUGUGAAAAGUGGAAGAGGCCUUUCAGGUCUGCCUCGGCCACCUCCCUGACACUGUCCCACUGUGUGGAUGUGGUGAAGGGACUGCUGGACUUCAAGAAAAGAAGAGGCCAUUCAGUUGGGGGUGUACCUGAGCAGCGGUACCAAAGCAUCCCCAUGUAUGUGUCUGCCCAGAUGCCUUCCCAGGCUCAGGAUGUCUUGGAUGCCCAUCUUUCUGAGGUCAAUGCUGUUUGUUUUGGUCCCAACAGCAGCCUCCUGGCCACUGGAGGGGCUGACCGGCUUAUCCACCUCUGGAAUGUUGUGGGAGGUCGCCUGGAGGCCAAUCAGACCCUCGAAGGCGCUGGCGGCAGCAUCACCAGUGUGGAUUUUGACCCUUCGGGCUCCCAGGUUUUGGCAGCUACUUACAACCAGGCUGCCCAGCUCUGGAAGGUGGGAGAGACACAGUCCAAGGAAACAUUGUCCGGACACAAGGACAAAGUGACAGCUGCCAAAUUCAAGCUAACAAGGCACCAGGCAGUGACCGGGAGCCGAGACCGGACAGUGAAGGAGUGGGACCUGGGCCGUGCCUACUGUUCCAGGACCAUCAAUGUACUUUCCUACUGCAAUGACGUGGUGUGCGGGGACCACAUCAUCAUCAGUGGCCACAAUGACCAGAAGAUCCGGUUCUGGGACAGCAGGGGCCCUCACUGCAUCCAGGUCAUCCCUGUGCAAGGCCGGGUUACCUCCCUGAGCCUCAGUCAUGACCAGCUGCAUCUGCUGAGCUGUUCCCGAGACAACACACUCAAGGUUAUCGACCUGAGAAUCAGCAAUAUCCGACAGGUGUUCAGGGCGGAUGGCUUCAAGUGCAGUUCUGACUGGACCAAAGCUGUGUUCAGCCCUGACAGAAGCUAUGCACUGGCAGGCUCCUCAAAUGGCUCCCUGUACAUCUGGAAUGUAAACACUGGGAAACUGGAGACCAGCCUACAGGGACCCCACUGCACUGCUGUCAAUGCUGUGGCCUGGUGCUUCUCUGGGAACCAUGUUGUAAGCGUGGACCAAGGCAGGAAGGUGGUGCUCUGGCACUAGUGGCACAAAGGCCCUGUAUGAGAUGGACUCUGUUCAGAAGCCUGAAGCCAGAGAACAGAAGCCAGAAGCCAGAGAAAAGCUUCCCUGUGAGCUGGGGUUGGGGGUCUACUGUAGAAUUCAUGUGAGGGCCAGGCAGGAUCUGGCCUGUUUGUUAAAAAUCAAAGUGUGCAUUAAGAACCACAGUUUUUUAAAAAUC